UGACGACACCUUACUUUUUCAUACUGCGGUGUAUCCAUUGUGAGAAGUGUGAAAUGAAUAGGAAAGGUGUAACCGUGAAACUGACUUUAUAAUAUUAAAUACUCAUUCGGAUCAACAACAAUGUUUGCCAGUGGACCAAAUUAUACAAAGUUGAAAACAAACUUACGACUAGCUAUUAACCGUUUAAAACUGUUGGAGAAAAAGAAAACUGAGCUAGCCCAAAAAGCAAGAAAAGAGAUUGAACAUAUAAUUAGAGAAGAUUACAUGGUAGAAGCAAUGGAAGUGGUAGAAAUGUACUGUGACUUGCUGUUAGCAAGAUUUGGUUUGAUUCAACAAAUGAAAACUUUGGAUGCAGGUCUUUCUGAAGCUAUAUCAAGUCUCUUGUGGGUGGCACCAAGACUUCUAACAGAUGUUGCAGAAAUGAAAGUUAUUGCAGAUCUUCUGAUGGCAAAGUAUGGUCGACAGUAUGCUGAUGCAUGCAGAGAAGAGGCCGUUGAUUCAAUCUCAGAGAAGCUGAAACACAAGAUGAGUGUUCAGUCGCCCCCAAAACUUCUUGUGGAGAAGUAUCUGAUUGAGAUAGCCAGGAAUUAUAACAUUGAGUAUGAACCAGAUCCUCAAGUAAUGAAGGAGGAUCAGCAGUCGAUGGGCGUGGAUGCUCUGUUGAUCAAUGUCGAUUCUGACAAGAACAACCUGGAUGGAGGCAACGGAGGGAACGUGCUGCCCGCUCAGCCCGCAGGAUUCAUUGGCUUCCCACAGCCUCCUGUGUUACCACAGCAACCUUCUGAUUUCCAGCCAUUCAAUUACCCAAGUCAACAGAAGGUUCCGCCUUCGUCUGCCGGUGGAUUUGUGACUCCGCCCCAGCUGCCAGCCCAAGCGCCGAACGCUUCUUUCGCUUAUGGCGUUCCUUUUUCAUACAACAUCCCCCCUGCAAGUGACAGUGGGGUUCCUGCAUUUAAUGCAGCGACAAAGCCUCUGAACACAAAUCUUCAGGAUACAUCCCCCCCACCCCCAUACAGCAGCUUCCCCCCUGAUCUCCAUGACAACAACAAACAGAGUGACGACAAACCGAAACCUUUACCGAGAGCAAAGCUGUCGCCCGGCGGCGGGCCUGGCCAACAAUCAAAGGACGACGACGGAUUCUUGGACUUACCAGAGUUGCCGUCUGUCCCGACGGACAGUUUCCCACCACCAGAUGAUUCUCUUCGUCCAAGAAAUUUGGGAAAUGACGACAUUGAUUUUGAUGAUCUCACAAGGAGAUUUGAGGACCUGAAGAAGAUAAAGUAGCUUCAGACUUGAACGUGUAUAUUUAAUGCAAAUAAUCUGCCAUACAAUCGGGCAUUAGUUAAAUUUUUCUGGCCACAGUUUCCAUUCCGUAACAUUUAAUUGUAUUCUCUCUUGUGUUUUUUUAAUUGUAAAUAAUUAUUUGAGCAUAAAAUGUAAUAAAUAUUCAAUAAAUUAAAUAGUAUUUUAACCUUUCCUAUGUCCUUGUUAAGACUGUUUCAUCACUGAAUAUUUUUUGCACUGUGACAUUUAAAGUCAAAAAGUAACACCAACUCCUGCAACAGAAAUUUGUUCAUUUCUCACUUCAAGAAAUUCAGACAGUGCAGUUGCAGUCCAUAUGGAAUUCGCUGCUUGCUGACGGUCGCAAAGCCCAGAUUCAUUCAUAACCUACAAGUUCCAGUUGAAAAAUCUGAAAAGAAGGGACCACUUCAGAGACCUGGGCGUAGCAGCUCGGACAAAAUAGAGUCCUUUGAAGCAGAAAAAUUAAAAGUCGCUAUGGGCAGAUUAAAUCAUCUAAUAAUAAGAUGAGGCAAUGCAGAAAUUCUAUAAGCAACUUUUUGACGCCCAUUCCGUGGACUCUCGAUUUAAAACCAGAUGUGCGCUAUACUUUAAUUUUUAAAGGCCUAAUUUUGCUCUCGCUUUCAGUUCAAAAUAAAAACACAGUGGGACUAAAGAAAUGUAGCUGACGCAGGAAAAGUUAAUAUCUUGCAAUGAUGAUAUUUCACAAAUAUCGUACUUUGCAUAAUACAAGUUUAUAUAUUUUUAUGAAUUGCAAUUUGUAAAUAAAUUUGUACAAGUCUUUGCUUGGUGCCGUGUACAAAAUGUGUCAUACCAUGUAAUAACAUGAUCAAAACAUUGAAGACUGAAAGAUAAAAUGACUGUAACGCACACUUGACUUAAAAUAAAGCAAUCAACUUGAA